AUGGUACACUAUACGGCAGUCCACUUUCGCUGUCGAGGUCGUCUAGACUUCGGCCAAAGGCUCGCCGUUGUUGGCGAUCACAGCGCCUUGGGCAACUGGGAAGUUUCAGGGAGUCAUGAGCUUCGGGUUAGCAGUACCGUGGACGAUGUUUGGAACUCACAUGCUCCAGCUUAUCUGCCAUUGAGGGAGCGUCGCGAAUACCGCUAUGUUGUAUUGAACGAUGCGGGGGAAUUCGUACGAUGGCACGAAGAUUCCGUGAGGUAUCUGGAACCUACUGGCCAUGAUAUGAUUUUGGAAGAUGAUGAAGGUUAUUAUCGCACUCAAUGUUCAGGCUUGAUUGGUUUGUCCGAUACAUCGAGUCCACAAAUGCACCAGCUACGGUCUGACGAUGUGGCUGAAAGCGAUGCUUCGCUUGAAGCGUUUCAAAAGAUGCGUGGUAUAGACGUUGAUCCCAACUAUACGGUAUAUUUUGUCUCUUCCCGUCUCCCUAUCCAGGUUUACCGUUCGUCUGAUGGUAGUUUUGAGAUUCGUGAAUCUAACACGCCACUAACAAAUACGUUGUGGCGUAUACGUAAGCGUGUCCGAAACAAGAUGCGUUUUAUAGGUUCGUGUCUAAUAGAAUCUGAAGGAGCUGAGGGUGGAAGCGAACCUGUGACUAAAUACGACUCCCCUCGUGGCAUUUUUAGCGAUGAGGAAAAGGAGGCAUUGAGCAAGCUAUUACAUGAACAUGAUUGUAUCCCCGUAUUUGUACCCCAAGAAGAUCUAUUAGGAUCGUUGCGCUUUUGUAAGGAGCAUCUUUGGAAUCUUUUUUACAAUAUCGGUCUCUGGAAUGUGGACGAGCAGCGCGAGUUCAGCUGGGAGCAUUGGAGUUCAUAUGUGAACGUGAACCGGCAGUAUGCUGCAGUUGCGGCAUCUAUUGCAUCAGAGCACGACUUUUUUUGGGUACACGACUACAAAUUAUUAAUGGUUCCUCACUUCAUCACUCGUCGUAUGAAGCGUGCUAAUAUCGGUGUUUUCCUCCACGCCAUGUUUCCACCAUGUAACUUAUUCCAGUGUUCGGCAGUUCGCGAGCCCCUUUUAAGGAGUAUUCUGUGUGCCGAUUUGAUUGGUUUCCAGUUUUUUGACUACGCACGUCAUUUUCUAACUUGCUGCAAGCGUUUGUUAGGGUUGGAUCACAGCUCCAAGCUUGGUGGAAUGCUGGGUAUCGAGUAUAACGGGCGUGUUGUGAUGAUUUUGUUAUCACACAGUCAUAUCCAGCCGGAUUUGCUUCAGUCCAUGCUGGAGGAACGUCGUGGCGUCCCGGAGCUCGUAAAAUCGUUCCGUGAUCAAUGGCCGAAUCGUUUUGUGAUCGCGUCCUUAGAUCGUGACGUUCGUCUUGCUGGUUUGUUUUUGAAGUUUAAGGCUUUCCGCAAAUACCUUGAGGAUUACCCUGCUGCAAGGGGCAAAGUAAUGCUGGUACAAUACGUCUGCACAACAGACACCCUAUGGGCGUGUCGUAGUGUAGAGAUUGUUAAAUUGCAAGCCAUGGCUGACGAAAUCAAUGCUGCUUAUGGCGAGACGCACAUUAUUUUUGAGUCCAACGUGAGUCUUGAGCGGCGGUACGCGUUGUUGGUGGCUGCCGAUUGCUUUUUGGAUACGUCCAUUCGUGGCGGUAUAAACAUGCGUGCGUUGGAGUACAUUUAUUGCCGUCGCGGGAAGUCUGCCUGUGCUAUUUUAAGCGAGUUUGUUGGUUUCAGUAAGAUGCUUCUUUCAGCAAUUCGCGUAAACCCGUGGCAUAUUGAAAAGGUUGUUGAGGCCCUAGACAGCGCGAUGUCGUUUAGUUUCGAGGAUCGUGUUGAAGUUUGCCGCCGUGACUUUGAAUACAUCAUGAGCAGCGACGCUGUUGAAUGGGCUAACCACUUUGUGCGUGAGCUCUUCUUUGCUCGCAAGCGCCCAGAUAUGCUUCACCUAACCUGGGGGUUCGGUGCCACUUACAAGACGUACUCAGUUCCGAGCACGUUGCAGCUGUUGGACAAAGAGCAUGUGUUGCAGCGUUAUCACAGCUCUACUCGCCGUCUCAUCCUUUUAGACUGCGAGGGUACACUGUUCCCUAGUUUGUGGGAUAAGCCACCACGUUCUGCUGAGGAUUGCGAACAGAGUAUCCGGUGCCAACAGUCUCCAUUGAAGUGUAACCUGGACAGUAUCCGUUCUUUGACUGCAGAUCCCUUAAACUUGGUUGUUGUGAUAAGUGGUCGCAGCCGUGAAUGCAUGGAGAUGUGGUUCCCUGAUAACCCAGGUCUCGGUUUGUGCGCUGGUUACGGUUUCUACUACAAGGUCCCUUGUCUCACCGGCGAUGAGUGGCGUUGUAUGGUUGACACUGUUGACGGUAGGUGGAAGGAGCCCGCACUACAGAUAAUGGAGCAGUACGCUCACCGCACUCCUGGCAGCUACGUCGAGAACAUGGGAGUCAUGGUAGUAUUCCAGUACCACUACUCAGAUCCCGAAUUCGGUGCUACGCAAUCGAGUGAGCUCUACCAAGUGCUUAAGGACAUAAUGUCGUCCUACCCGGUUGAGGUGCACUGGACCAAAUGGCACGUUGACGUCCGUCAGAAAGGCGCCAACAAGGGUGCUGCUCUGCUUAACCUUGCAAAGCUUUACUCUUCGGUAUAUGGCGACUUAGACUUUGUACUUUGUAUGGGCGAUCACCGGUCGGAUGAGGAGAUGUUCAAGGCCCUUGAGACACUUGAUCACCGAAUGCAUGGUAAUGUGACUUCUGAGGACUAUUUAAGGCACAAAUCUGGCUACAUUUCGGUUACUGUGGGAAUGAAACCCACUAAGGCCAUGUACUAUAUGAAUGACUACACUGAAGUUUCUGAUUUGCUGAGUGCACUAACAUGCCGCUGA